CACAGACACUUCUCCCCUCCUCACAUCAUGUAGACUCUGCAGACACUUACUGCACAAAUAGCAGAAGAAAGCUCCUUCAUCUGCACCUACACCCACCUAGACGGGAAGAAUAAGAGGGGUCACUUUAGAGAUCAAUCAACAUGUUUAGCUUUGUUUCUCGUUUACUGCUAUGUACUCUGAUACUGGCCAAAUCCACUAACAGUGACCAGACACAAGUAGCCUCUGGACGUUUGAGGCUCUCUGUGCUUUCAGAGGACAGGCUCCAAAUGAAAUGGAAGGAGUCUGAAGGAACAACUGGAGGCUAUAAAGUAUUGGUAAAGCCUAUGACAGGAGACUCUGAGCAGGAGGUCAUGCUGAAAACCAAAACUCCUAAAGUGACAGUUGGAGGAUUGGACCCUGAGAAGGAAUAUGUGCUACAGAUUCACCUGAUCCAAGGGGAACAAGACACUCUUAUAGCCAGGAAAAGAUUCAUCAUUGAAGAUUUGAAAUCUCAAGUAAAGAAUAGGAAGAAGCCAGAGGAUGGGACAGAGCCGCCAAGACUUAAUGAAACUGGGCCCUACUCAUCUUCAGAGCGCACUUCAGAUGCAGUAGAGCAAAGUGCUGAGAAGGAACAGCUGGAGAUCCAGGCAACAAGAACAGAAAAGAAGAAAAGUCCUAUCACCACCACUACAACACCCAGACCAACCCAGAGAAGCCCCUCCAAGGCUGAGCAGCAGGUCGUUGGAACAGCUAGUAGCUCCAGGAAAGGACUGGUGUUUCAGUGUGACUCUACAUCUGAAUGGGAUAUUGUUCUGCUUGUGGACAGCUCCUGGAGUGUGGGUCGUAUCAACUUUAGGCUCAUCAAAAACUUCAUUUUGGGAAUCCUCAGCCCACUUUACAUCUCUCGGGAAAAGAUACGGAUAGGCUUGUCCCAGUAUAGUGGCGAACCACAGACUGAAUGGGAUCUGAACACAUAUUCCACAAAGACAGAAGUGCUAGAGGCAGUUAGAAGACUGAAAUAUAAAGGAGGAAACACAUAUACUGGUUUGGCUCUCACUCAUGUAUUAGAGGAAAACCUCCGGGCAGCGUCUGGUUCCCGCAAUACAGCGGGCAAACUACUUGUUCUUUUGACAGAUGGAAAAUCUCAGGAUGAUGCAAACAGUGUUGCACGAACCCUCAAGGAGGCUGGCAUUUACAUCUUCACUAUUGGUAUUAAGAAUGCAGAUGAGACUGAGCUAAGAGAAAUGGCUUCUGAGCCAACAGACCUGACCAUGCACAUGGUCCCAGACUUCCCCCUCCUUCACUCCCUUGUGGGACGUGUUUCUCGGGCACUGUGCUUCAGGCUGAAAGAGAAGAGGAGGGAGACCGAGUUUGGGGCGCAUAAUGUAGCCCUGCAGGAUCCCACUGAUCCUCAUCCCAGCCCUACACACCUUGUGGUCUCAGAUGUCACUGCAUGGAGCAUGCGUCUCUCUUGGACUCCACCACAGCAACGUGUCCAGAAAUAUAGAAUCGUUUACUACCCAUCACGGGGAGGGACUCCCAAGGAGGUUGUGCUCAGUGGUCUGUCCUCCUCUGCGGUCCUGGUGAAUCUGACGCCCAGCACUAAUUAUUUGGUUUCUGUUUUCCCUGUUUACAGCAGUGGAGUAGGCUCAGGGCUGCGUGGGAUCACCUCUACCUUGCCUCUUUCUGCUCCUCGGUCCCUCUCUGUGGAUCAUGUGACAGAUUCCUCGAUGGAGCUGCAGUGGCAGCCAGCAGAGGGAGUCUCUCAGUAUCUGGUGGUCUACUCUGCAGUGUCAGACAUGAAGGAUGAUGUUAAAGAGAUGAAGGUUGGUGACACAUUCAUUUUGCUAUCUGGGUUGUCACCCAGUACUCUGUAUAGGAUUACUGUAUAUUCUUUGUCUGGGGAUGAGACCAGUGACCCUGUAUCUGUGAAGCAAGUGACAGAACCUGCAAAUGUCCCCCAAAACCUACAGUUUUCAGAUGUUACUCACAGCAGUGUGACUGUGAAAUGGGUUGUAUCGUCAUUUAAUGGAAGCCGCGCACAGCGUGUCACCUACUUACCGCACAGGAACAGUGCCAGUGCACGAGAGGUAGAAGUCCCUGGGGGCAUCUCAUUUAUAACCCUGAAGAAUCUGACAUCUCAGACUCAGUACACAGUCACUGUCAACACCUCACACACUGGACAGAAGACUGUGAUCCUAAGAGGGAACAUUACAACACUGAAGGUUCCUUCCCCAAUGGGUCUGAAUGUGACAAGUAUCUCAAAGGACUCAGUGAGUGUAACAUGGAACCCAGGAGUCACUGAUGUGACCUCCUACCUGAUCAAGUGGAUCCCGCUGAGUGGUGGAAGACUCAGUCAGAUGUCUGUCCCUGGAAGGGAUCACACAGCUGAAUUGUCUGGCAUGUUGCACAGUACAGAGUAUCAGGUAUCAAUUUCAGCACAGUAUGUGGAUGGAUAUCAGAGUGACGCAUCAUCAAUAAGGUACAGAACAGGAGCACCUCAAGAAGAACCUCCCAUUGAACAUGCUAUUCCAGUUGUGUGUCCUUUGAUUGAGCAACAGAAUGGUCCAGACUCUGCUAGAGGCUAUGACAUGAUGGCAGCUUUUGGUUUGAAUGAGAAACUUUAUUCAACGCUUAGAGGAGUUUCUGCUGAUGCCUUUGUCCUGAGUGGCUCCCGAAUUUACACCUUAUCUGAGGAAGCCCAACUAACCAUCUGGACCAGGGAAGUCCACCCUCAAGGGAUCCCUCCUGAACACACUCUUAGCUUCCUGCUUCGUCUGCUCCCACAAGCCAAUCGUGAGCCUUUUGCUGUCUGGCAGUUGGUGGAUGAGGACUUCCAGCCACGCCUUGGGGUGAUCCUGGACACAACAAAAAAUACAUUAACAUAUUUCAACCCAAGCCGUGAGGGCGGAGUACAGGAAGUUGUUUUCACCCAGGAGGAAGUGAAAAGGAUUUUUUAUGGGAGCUUUCACAAGGUGCAGGUAGCUGUCAGCAAAGGAACUGUCCGUCUGUACGUGGAUUGUCAGAAGGUAGCAGAGAAGCCUAUUAAAGUCAUGGGAGAGGUGACCACUCGUGGAUUUGAGAUGCUGGGAAAGUUGACCAGAACCAGGGGCUUAAGAAGUGGCUCAACAUCACUGCAGCUUCAGUCAUUCAUGAUCACCUGCAGUGGAGAUGGUCCUGAAGAGGACAAGUGUUGUGAUGUCCCAGCAAAGAGAGAUGAAGAGACCUGUCCCGCUCCUCCUUCAGCCUGCACAUGCAGCUCUCCUGCGCAAGGACCUCCAGGCCAGCCUGGGCCACCGGGACCCUCUGGGGCAAGAGGACCCAAAGGAGAACAAGGGGACACUGGUCCAAAGGGUGAACCUGGACUUCCUGGGCAGUUGGGUGUGGAGGGUACUGGAGGUCACAUAGGCUCCCCUGGACUUCGUGGGUUGACAGUUACUGGGCCAAUGGGACCACCAGGAAUGAAAGGAGAGAAAGGUGAUAUAGGGAUCCCUGGGUUGCAAGGUCCACCUGGCCCAGAAGGCAUUGCAGGGAGAGAUGGGAUGAUGGGACCUAAGGGGGUGCGCGGAGUUGAGGGUACAUCUGGGUUUCCUGGGCCUCCAGGACCUAGGGUAAGAACACAAAUGGGAAUGCAAGGGAUUCCGGGUAUUAAGGGCAGCCCUGGUGACAGAGGUUCUGUGGGAGAUGUUGGUCCAACAGGUCUUCCAGGAACUCGAGGAGAGAAGGGGGAGAAGGGUGAACCUCAGUCUGUGGCUAGUAUUUACCAUUUGGUGAACCAAGUGUGUGAAAGACUUAUUCAAGCACACAUGGUGAAAUUAGAUACCGUUUUUGGCGAGCAAGAAAGAAAGCCUGUUCCUUUGUGGGAAGAGGAUAUGGGGAGAGGAGAACCGGGACCUCCUGGUCCACCAGGGUUUCCUGGAGAGAAAGGAGAGGCUGGGAUAAAUGGACAGUCCGGACAACCUGCCCGUAAUGGUUAUCCAGGGGAACAAGGGAAAAAGGGGCAGAAAGGAGAGAAGGGGAUAGCAGGUCAAAGUAAAGAAGGACCACAAGGACCAUUAGGAACCACUGGUGCCCCAGGAAAAGAAUUAGUUGGAAAUACAGGCCCUGUUGGUUUUCCUGGUUCUGUUGGUCCCUCUGGAGCUCCUGGAAGGCAUGGCAUGACAGGUAACUCAGGUCCACCAGGGAGCUGUGAGCCUUCUCUGUGCUACCAAGCAGAACCUGGGGGUGUUAUCCCGUGAUGAACUGUCAGACUCUAUCCACCAGGCACCUGGAAAUGCCCUUGAUUCUGCUGAAAUUCUGCACAGCUUCACAGCACCUAUGUAUCUGUCAUUACUGCAUAAACACAUUUCAAUAUUCUACUUUAAUUCAUUUUGUGUCUCACAAGUUAAAGUCUAAUUGCAUUGGGAAGGAGUUAAUACCAUUCAUUUGUCAGCCGCAGAAUAUACAGUAAUUUGCUGCAUGAGGAGGGAAUUUAAGAUUUGCUAAAAAGAGGUAAAAGUAAUUAUGUGGAAAAAAAUAAAUAAAACUCAAAACCCCCCCCCCCCAAAAAAAAGGCAAAUAUGUUUUUUUUUUUUUUUACUUAUGCAUUUUGUUUAAAGAGGAUAUAUCCAGUAUGUGUACCCUGUAUGUGCAGUGUAGGUACAAUAUGCAUUCAGUAUGAAUUUAAUAAAUAUGCAGUACAAUAUAAUGUAUGUACAGUUUAUACAGAAUAAAUGCUCUUAUAUAUAAGAA